AUGAAAGUAUUUAUGACAUUAUGGGCGGUAUGUCUAGUGGGACUGAGCUACUGUGGAGACAAUGAGAAAAGGAGAAGAGCUGGAAACGGAGAUCACGUUGGAUACGAAAGUUCGUCUGGAGAUGAAUUAUAUCAUGAUGACAUAAUUUUCAAGUCUACACAGCCAAUCGCCGUACCAGAGUCAACCAGCCUCUGUUCUCUCGACAUUUCCAACCCUGAUGAGACGAAGAUACUUACCAGGGUAACUUAUAAUAACGGGUUUUCCUACAAGGAGUUUACAGCGAAAGAAGACUUUAAUAUCAUUUCUGUUCUUGAUAAAUCACAAAUCUUGUGGGUUUCUGGAGGUAGAAGACUUAAGCAUGCGAGCUGUUAUGAAGCAAAGGACUCUUCUCUCAUUUCCAUAUAUUUUACCAAUGUCAGAAAGGUAGAAUCUGAGUGUUUCGAAAAAGUUCAUGGAGAAUGGAGAGAGAUCGAGGACAAGGCAUUUGAAGUAAAGGCAUGUAAGAUUACCAGGGGAGAAUGUCCUACUGUAUCCAAUAAUGGGAAAUCUUCCGAAUCUGUUGCUAGUGAAGGUGCAGAUGAUGACACAAUGGAGGGAGAUGACGACCCCUAUUUCACCUUACCUGGCAAUCUUGAUAGACGUAAAGGCAAACCGCCAUUUGCCAUCAGAUCUCCACAGACCAUAGAUAUAUCUUCUCCAAACGCCUCAAUUUACAGAUCUUUUGAUUACCUUUUUGCGGGAAAUCAGACUAGACUAAUUGUUCCAAAGAGGGGAAUUUUCAUAUCCAGACUAGUGAAUGGUAACGAAGAGAUCUGGACCCCUGAGAAGGGUGGAGUUUUAGACUACCUAAAGAUAUACCUAGAUAAAUACAAGAGACCAGUUAUUGCUCUUGUAAUAAUGGGAAUCUCUGGUUGUACGUUGCAGAGGUAUUAUGAACGGAAUAAUGGUAAAUGGGAAGAGUCCAAAUGGUGUUACGAUGAGAAAAUCAAUAGUCUUAAAAUUAAUAUAGAAACCCGUGGCAACAUUAUCAUGGAUAUAGAGAACCAGAAGGAUACUAAUGAUUGUAGGAUAUUUGAGGCUGAAUUAUUCGGUGUUCCCACUAGACAUUUCUUUCCAAGGCUCGGAUACGAAGCUAAGGAGGUUAGAUACGGUGAGCAGACUUUAUGGAAGGCUGCAAGCUGCGGUGAACAAUGCGCCUCGUGUGGAUACCAAGAUCAUUGUCUUGCUAUUAAAAUUUACAGAAAGAGGACUCUACGAUUACUGGAAAUAACGAUCGCAGAAACUAGAGCGAGGGCGUAUAAGCACUUUAAAAAGGUGAAAAAGGGCUGGAAACCGAUAACUUUGGAGGAAUUCUUUAGGAAGCUUACAGACGUUAGAGCAGAAUAUAUACGAGUUUCUUCCGAUUAG